AUGCGGCCACCACCUCGAAUCCCAGCCGCCCCCGCUGCGGACCUUCUUUGCCUUGCUCCUGGGCCAAUUCGACGCGAGCUGAGACGACGACGAUGGCUCUCGUCCGCCACGAGCUUGCAUGCCCCGAGGCCCGUCAGCCUCCAGCCGCUGGCCGGAGCAGGUUUCUUUCUGUCCAAUCGGCUGUUUGAGAGAUCUGGCUGUCUCGAAUCACUCGUCGCAGCUCGUCGAUCUCGGGCGACCUCAUCGUACUCGGCCACGACGACGACGGCCGACGCGCCGCCCGCUCCGACCGAGCUCCCUCCCCAUCGUCGGCGACGCGCUCAGAAACAGGCAGAAGCCGGGUUGCGGUACCCCGACUCAAGCCUCCCCGCCAAUGCCUCGACGACGCUGGCGAACCUCGCGGCGGCCCAACCCGCCAACUCCCUGCGACGCAUCCUUCCGACCCUCUUCUCCCUCUCGAAGCCGCGGCUUACCGUCCUCGUCGUCCUGACAGCCAUGGCCCCUUACGCCCUCUACCCAGUUCCCGAGAUGCUGACGCCGCCGAUGACCGACACGCCGAGCCUGAGCCCGCUAACGCUGCUCUUCCUCACCACCGGCACCGCCCUCUGCUCGGCGAGUGCCAACGCGCUCAACAUGCUUUACGAACCCUCGACCGACGCCAAAAUGUCACGGACGAGAAACCGGCCGCUCGUGCGAAAGUUAAUUUCCACCCGAAGCGCCGCCCUCUUCGCCAUGCUCGCCGGCGCCGCUGGUGUCUGCGCCUUGUUCUAUGGCGUGAACCCGACCGUCUCGUUCCUCGGCCUGUCCAACAUCGUCCUGUACGCCGGAAUAUACACGCCUCUGAAGGCGGUAACUGCCUUCAAUACCUGGGUAGGCGCCGUCGUCGGUGGCAUACCCCCUCUCAUGGGUUGGGCAGCCGCAGCUGGCGAGGCGGCGACCAAUGAUGGCUCAUGGAGGGAGUUGCUCUUCGCCGCCGACGGCUCAUCCGCAGGUGGUUGGCUCAUGGCCGCCCUGCUCUUUGCCUGGCAAUUCCCUCACUUCAUGGCCCUCAGCUGGGGCAUCCGCGAGGAGUACAAGGCUGCCGGCCUGCGCAUGCUCGCCUGGACGAAUCCGGCCCGGAACUCGCGCGUUGCCCUGCGCUACAGCCUCGUUUUCAUCCCCAUCUGCCUCGGUCUCUGUGCCGCUGGCGUGACGGAGCCGGUCUUUGCGCUGACGAGCUUGCCCAUCAAUCUGUGGCUCGUACGGGAGGCCGUGCGCUUCUGGCGGUACGAAGGCCACAAAGGCAGCGCGCGGGGACUCUUUUGGGCCACCGUCUGGCACCUCCCCGGCGUCAUGAUCCUCGCACUUUUGCACAAGAAAGGCAUGUGGAGCAGAGCCUGGAAGAGCGCGUUUGGCACCCCCGACGACGACGGCAUGUGGGAAGAGGAAGAGUUGGAGGAGAUGGCGACCAUGACGGCAGCCAGGGUGGCCGAAACGGCCGUCAAGCCGUGA